UUCGCUUUUAGUACUGCCCACACGAGGCAUCCUGCAGCUGGCUUUACGUCGCGCUGAAGCUGAGUUCGGAGGCUGAUUGCGCGCACUCGGUGGGCGGCGAGACCGCGCUGGCUUUUUCCCUCCCCUCGCUAUUGGCAGCAGCAUAGAACAUACCGUAGCUCAAAUUCUGUGCAGCUGUGCUAGGUCCUUGCAGGUGUAUGGCAAGGGCUUCGUGUACGGGUACGGAAAAAAGACUUUUUCGCCCUGCCUGCAGUGGAUAUUCCGAUUUAAUGGUAGCGAGCGAAGGUAUCUGAUUUGGCGAGGUCGUGUCGGCGGCAUCUGCAGUGUGGCCGUUACAGGGGUCUGAAAAUCUGCGCUUGAUCCACCGUCGUCCCUUGAUUUCGUUUGCCUGCACCCUCUCUGGCUGUGAAUGGGCUGUACUUCGUGAUUAUCUGCAGUCACUUCAGAGUCAUUUCUGGAAGAAGAUGGCGGACAGGGCUGAGAUGUUUUCGCUCUCCACCUUCCAUUCCCUCUCCCCUCCUAGUUGCAGGCCUGCCCACGACAUCAGUCUGGAGGAGUUUGAUGACGAGGAUUUGUCGGAGAUCACGGACGACUGCGGGAUCGGGCUGAACUAUGACUCGGACCCUUACGAGAAGGACUGUCUCAUCCUGGAGAAAAACGAUGUCCACCACCCAGUCUGCUCCUUCCAGGACGACUUCCAGGAGUUCGAGAUGAUCGAUGACGACGAGGAGGACGACAACGAGGAGGAGGACCCCGACACCCCUCCCUCCCCGUCAGCCUCCCCGCCGCCAUCUCCCACAUUGGGCACGCUGCACAAGAGCCGGCCCACCACCCUCAACCUCACCGCCGCAGUCUCCCAGGAUUCGCUGAAUAACAACAACAGUUUCUCCCCACGGAAAGCCAGUUGGCAGGAUUCUCUGCGCAACCCUGCCUCUCACGGACGCUCGUCCCCGCCCCAUUCUUGCCUUGAAGACGGUGACCACGCAAACGGCCAGUGUGCGGCUGCUCCAGCGCCCCAAAGCAAAGGUACUCCCCUGACACAGCCUGGGGACAUUGGUCACACACAGUCGCCUCUCAAGCCCCUUCUGUACGACUUUGAGGGCAACAGACGGGAAAACCCAGAAUACGGGUCUUUCGGUCAGCAUAAAACGUCCGAUGGCUCAGAAGGCGGGGCAGAGCCCAGCGCCGAUUCCGCUGGCCCAGGAGCGGUUGUCCCAGCUUCAGAGGAAGCGUCACAGUGCUCGGACACUGAAGUCGACCGUGACCUGCACAGCGACUCCGCCAAGCGAUGCAAGUCCAGACAGGCUAACGACACGUACACGGUCACCACCGAGUCCGUCGCCGACCCCGAGCUGGAGAACGACGUCACCUUCGACGGCACCAGCAAUUGUCUCUCCACGGCGCCGGUGGGAGGGGAUGCUGCCACCCCUCUGUCGGACGAAGAGUUUGACAAGGUGUUUGACAUCAUGUGCAAAGAAAGUGACGGAGACGCUGAGGCGUUGUCCUACGUUGAGUUCCCCCCGAUCGAGCCUUGUGAGGCUGCCUCUUUCUCCAGUUACGCGUCGUCCUCCAGCCGAUCUGAAGCAGACGGUGCCCGUGGUGACAGUCAUUUGGGAGCCCAGGGCCGCCCGUCCGCUGCCUCUAACGACACAAACUCGCCGUCCUCCGACCCGGGCAUCGCCGACAUGAAAGGCUGCAAGCGAUACACGGAGUCUGACAUCAACAGCGAUGACCUCAGUUCCCCGGGGUCAGACUCAGACAUCGAGGGGGAGCUGGAGGCCGCCUUCGCCUGCGGAGGCCCGCUGGUCAGCCACAUGAUCUCGUCCAUAUCGGAGACGGAGCUGGACCUCACCAGCGACGACAGUAGCAGCGGCCGUUCCUCACACCUCACCAACUCCAUCGAGGAGGCCAGCUCCCCGACCUCUGACCAGGAGGCGGAGCUGGAGCUGGAGCAGGACAGUGGCAUAGUCGCCGUCAAGGCCUCCCUGCUCCUCGGCCAGCCCGAACCUGUCAAAGAUGAUGCCUCGCCGACGGCCCUGUCAGAGCCAGAGGUCCAGGCAGAGCCCCUUGAUGACGGACAGGCGCUGGCAAGUCUGCAGAGUGUCGAUGACAUGGCAUACGAACACGAACAUGCCGCCGACCCUGAUGAAACGCUUCCACCAGCUGAACUCUGCGAAGACGGGCUCUCCAGGUCGCUGGUUCUGAAGAUCGAGCCGGACCACAGCCUGGAGAGCUUCAAGAGGUCCUUCUACCUGCCCGUAGGCCCGAAGCUCAUGCCCGCUGUGGACGACAGUGAGGAUGACUCAGAGUCCGAGUCAGAAGACGAUUUGAGUGAGAACUCAGACUCUCCCUGGCUGCUCAGCAAUCUUGUCAACAAGAUGAUCUCUGAGGGCUCCUACCCCAUCAGCUGCCCAGAGGAGUGCUUCAAACGGACCGCCUCCAUUGCCGACACCAUCUCUCCAUCCUCAGACCUGGAGACGGACACUUUUAAUGAAGACAGCCAGCCAAAGGAUUACACAUCACAGGAUGUCCCCCAGGCAGAGAGCUUUGAGGAAACCAGUAAAGACCCUGGUGUAAGAACAGGGGCUGAUUGCAAAGAGACGUCUGCAGCCAAAGACAGGAAGAUGAGUUCUGAGUGUGAAGGAGAUUCUGUUGAGAUCAGCCAGAGACCGAGUCUAUGUCUGUACCUAAGCAACCCCACCAACGACACAAUUGCCCCUGUCUUCAUGGAUCAGUACAACAGCAGGACAGCGAGCCAAGAGCCGCACGUGCAAGACUCGGAUCAAGCCCACAUCAAAGACUCCAAAAACCUGAGGCUGGACGAGGUGGAGCCCAACAAUGACCUGACCAUGGAAACCAAGGGGCUCGAGUCCCCAAGUCUCAGCGAGAGCGUGGCGAGCGACAAAGACGACGGUCAUCAAGAAAAGAGGGACGCCAGCGCGAUGGACCGUAUCACGGAGCUUAAGAACAGCCUCACCCUGGACAUCCCCACUGCCCAGACCAACCGCUGCUUCAGCCUGACCUACUCCACUGAGAACGAGGAGGACUCCCUCUACCGCUUCGGUGAGGACUACCUGGACAGCUGCCCGCCCGUGGACGAGAGCGUGGGGGAGCUGCCGGCCACUGACGCCCUGAGGGCCCGGCAGCUGGACGAGUCGCUGGCCUACGACUCGGUCAAGUACACACUGGUGGUGGACGAGAACACCACGCUGGAGCUGGUCAGCCUGAAGCGCUGCACGUCCGUGCUGAGCGAGGAGAGCGAGAUCUCCACGCUCUGCGACGAUGCGCCCCUGGAGCUGGACGACGAGUUUGGGCGGGGCGGGGCGCGGCCGGAGGACGAGCUCCUCAGCUCCUCGGAGGACUCCUCCCCAGAGGCCGACGCCCAGUUCUCCAAGAAGUUCCUCAACGUCUUCGUCAACAGCACCUCCCGCUCCUCCAGCACAGAGUCGUUUGGCCUCUUCUCCUGCACGAUCAACGGUGAGGAGAGAGAACAGACACAUAGAGCCGUGUUCAGGUUCAUCCCGCGGCAUGCUGACGAGCUGGAGCUGGAUGUGGACGACCCCCUGUUCGUGGAGGAGGAGGAGGACGACUACUGGUACCGAGGCUACAACAUGCGCACGGGAGAGAGGGGCAUCUUCCCCGCCUACUACGCCCAUGAAGUCGUGGGGCAAGUCAAGGAGCUCGCGGGGACAAAGAGGAACCCGGCUUGGAUGGAGAGCUUCAGCGUGCAGUUCCUCGGCUCGGUGGAGGUGCCCUAUCACCAGGGAAACGGGAUCCUGUGUGCCGCCAUGCAGAAGAUUGCGAUCGCUCGGAAGCAGACGGUCCACCUGCGGCCCCCGGCGCUCUGCGACCUGGAGAUCACUCUGCAGGGCGUCAAGCUGGUCAUGAGCCUGGACGACGAUUACGGGGCCGUGGACGAGUUUGACAGGUGUAGCCACUUCUUCCAGAUGAAGAACAUCUCCUUCUGCGGCUGCCACCCCAAGAACAACUGCUACUUCGGGUUUAUCACCAAGCAUCCCAUGCUGAACCGGUUUGCCUGCCACGUGUUCGUAUCCCAGGAGUCCAUGCGGCACGUGGCGGAGUGUGUGGGACGAGCAUUUCAGGAAUAUUACCAGGAGCACCUGGAGUAUGCCUGUCCCACAGAAGACAUCUACCUGGAGUAGCGGGGGGAGGCCCCAAAAUGACGUCCUCUUCUAAUGGUGUGCAUUUUUCAGAAGUCCCACCAGGGGGCACUGGGUAGCUGUUCUCGUCUGUAAAACACCUCCAGUCCGAACUGAGAUACUCUGGUUUUUUCUUGUUUUUUUUUUUUUUCCUGACCUUGAAUCGCUCAGACAGAAUGGCCGUUUGUUCUACUUCUUUUCUACAACAAAUUAGGAAAUGCAAGCCGGCCAAGGAACUGCUCCUUUGAAGAUAAACAUCUCUGGUUUAAUGAUAACCUAGAUAAAUACAUAAAUAAAAUGAUUAUUUCUGUAUAAGUACAUCCAUGCAUGGCUUCAAGGAUAAUGCACACAGACACACACAAACAGGGGAAAAAAAGCAAAAACAAACAAAAAAAUCCCAAAUGAUCUGUCAGAUGUGACAGAUUAUGGGUUGGGAAAGGGUUUUGUAUAAGUACUGCAGCGGAUGAACAAAGCACCUACUAAAGGAGGUUACGUCUGUACAUAUAAAUUUGUCAAACAACGUCAUACAAAUACUUAUCUGGUUUGUACUGAAAGUGACAUUUGAGCGAAGUAGAUUAUGAGUGCUGCUGUCUUAUAUUGAUCAAAUUACCAGAGGAGUGGAACCGCAGACUGGGAUAGCUAGUGCUCUAAAUAAAAUACAUGGAUGUAAAUAUAUAUAUAUAUAGACAAAGUAGAAAUAGAAACUGCUCAUAAAUAUGUAAGUAGUGUCCACGGUGAUUAUCCCAAGAUACUAAAAAUGCAGGAGCUGAGCUGGUGAUUGUCUCUCAGUCAGCCCAAACAUGUGGGGGUUGGCCUCUUAGUCAACCAGAACUCAGAGGCAGGGACUUGAUUACUGUUGUCCAACAAAGCCAUAUGAAGGAGAGACUGUGGAAAUUACUGGCAGAAACGUACAUCUCGAGAACGUACAAUCAUUACCAUUCCGCUAAAGCACGGCGCUAACACAUAGGGAUUAUUUCAAAGGGUUUGGGUAUGGUAGCCUGUCUCGGCGCUGCUGGCUGUGGAUGGCGUGGUGGACAUGGUGCUGAGUUAAGGCGUGGUCAUGGCUCUCAGGAUGAAGGGGUGUGGCACUCUCUCACUCUGCGCUCUCCCUGUUCUGUUGAAUAGUGUCCCUUCACGUGACUCAGCAGAGCCCCAUUUCAGUUUUGAUGUUUCCCACUUAUUACCCUGAAGAAAUGACAACACUUUGGCUCCAUAUUGAGAUGUGCAUAGGCUGAAUAUGGUCCAAUGCUUUGAAGUGCAGUCUCAAUACUGACUAGGUCAAACGGGUUAAGAAGUGCUCGGUGGAGACCUGCGAGGGUCCAAAUGAGCGCUGUGAAAACAAUUGAAAAUCAGACAGCAUACAGUUUAGGGUAACAGGUUAUACAUAUUACAAAGUACUUAAUAAGGUAUGUAUUGCGCUAAUGGCUCUGUGACUGCCCUGCGAUUGCAGUCUGCUAUGAGGUCUAAAGAGUAUAGAGGUUUUCCUUCUAUUUUCUGUUGUGCAGUAGAGGAGAACGCUUCAACCCUGGUAUAGCUUUUGAGUCUAGAAUAUGGUCUCCCAUGUAGAAAUGACAAUGAUGUCCGAGAGCAUUGUUUUUGAGAAUCACCACAGUAAGCAUCUUUGCUCACUUUGCUGCCCCUCCUCUGUCCCCACUGCCCAGCACAGUUAUGGUCCUGUCUGCUGAUGCCUAAUGAGGUCAUAUGAUAGCCAGGUGUAUUCUGGGAUAUUAGUUAUUCAUAGGCAAUUCCUCUUGUAUACAGGGAGGGUACUGAAAAUGAAGGAGAUAAGACCCGAUGAGCCUACGUUGCCGAUAACUGUUUGACAUGUCAGAACGUGAAGGAAACAUUGAUCAGUUCUUUCAGCCAACUACAAAAUCAAAUCAUGUAAGCUGUAAGCCAUGGUAACCUAUCUGACUGUUUAACACUCUUUUUUGCUGUAACAAAGUUCUCCCUCUGGUAGAUUAGAUUGGUCUGUCUCUAAGUGGACACCCUGAGGUGCUUUGAUUGUUCACAAUAAAAACUGAACAGAAAGAGUGGCCAUUCUCAAUAGUUAUCAGGUUGCAUCACUAUCAAAAGUAGAGUUCAUUCACCAGUCAUUGUCAGUGGAUUACCUCCCACCGGCUCUGUCAUAAAAUAUGGAUGUUGGCAACAAAUAAACCGAAAACAAAGCAAGUCCCUUGAGGAAGACAUGUUGUUUUUCAGCGUACUGUAAAUCUCAUUUUAACUCAUAACAUAAAAUACCGUACGGGACCUUAUAUACAGCAAACGAUAAAACAAUAGUACGUCGAAGAAAUACCAUUACCAUUAUUGGAAUAAGCUAUACACUGGAGUCUCUGUUUUGUGAUGUCAAUGUUAAUAUUUGAGGAUAAAACCGUAAUAGGAUUUUUACAGUUCACACGUAGUGUUGAGAGAAAAGCCCGGGAAUGUUCCUAAGACUGAGAUUGAUGAUUCCAUGGCAACAUGGCAAUAUUGCGAGAGCUGCAGUGUCACAAAAAAGAGCUUGCUGCAGGAACGGAUUACAAAGUCUCAUCUCCCCCAGCUUCUGUCUUAUCACUUUACCCGGCCGUUUGCUGCUCACAAAUUAAUCUGGAAUAGAAUCGAUAAAGCCCUACUUUGGAGGCAUUUUGUGUGAUCAGCAGGUAGCAGUCUGGGUAUAAUGUUGUCAGGAACAGGGGUGCAACAGAAAACUAAUAAGAAUGGGCUAAAAAUUCCCCACGCCUUCCUUUUGUACCACAAGCUGCGAUAAUUGGCUUUAACUGGUCAUGAUUACUCGGGGUGAGGGAGUGAAACCUGAGCAAGCUCAACUCUCCUUGCCACCUACAUUAGUGCCCUUGGAGUGACCUUGCCCAAUCUCAGGGGGAGAGGCUGUGGCCAUGUGAUGGCUGUUUAAAAAAGAGAUAAGAUUUCAGGCCGUUAAAACCUGCAUGACACACAAACUCAAGCUGUACUAUUUGUCUUUGUCUGCCUCUUUGAUUUGGUAAGGUCAAAUGAGGUGUUCUGCAGCAAGAUGGCAAACAGGAAGUUGGUUUGGUAAAGAUGUUUCUCAUCUUCUUCUCUUCUCUUCCUCUCUUCUUCUCAUUGCGCUCUAAUCUCAGAAAUACAUAUUUUCCUGAAGCUGUGAAUCUGCAUGGACGUGCUGGCUCUGAUUGUGUCAGGACUGACCUUUACUGACAGCAUGUGGUCCCCAGCCCUCAAAUUGAGUUAGGUGAUUAUGGUGCCUUUUUCUUAAAGUCCAACAUAAUAAAAGGGUACAGGGUGGAAAAACCCAAG